AUGGGCACACGAAGGAGAACCCUUGGUCAUCCUCCUCUUCAUAUGGAUCGCCAUGAUCACGCAGACGGUGUUGCCUGCGUGUUUGAGCGAAUAUAUUGCCUUCUUCGUUCGCCGGUGUUUUCAUGCGCUGGUGGGCAUGCUCAUGAACGUGUUGCUUGUUCCAUUCAGGCUUGUUGGGCUCAAACCAAUCUUGAAGUUGGAGUGCUCCCGACUGCAGCUAUGAAGCUGGCUAAGGAUUUGGAGAAAAUCCGCAAGAUUCGCCGUCGCCUUGCGAAGAGCAAGCCCAUUGUUAUGAUGCCAACAGGUGGGAAAACACCGGAUACAAAGCUGGUUGGUACUGUGGCCUUGCAGUGCAACAGCGAUGCCAUGCUUGUUAUGGCAAAGUAUUUCGGUGUUGAGAAGCGUGCUACCAUUCCCUUCCUAGAAAAGGAGGUUCAAAAGCUCUUCGAGACCGUGGGUCACGAUGCCGGAAACAAGGAGGACAAGGGAGUUCGGCAGCUUUUCCGAAUGAUCCAGCGGGCCCGCAAUGAGCUCGCAGAUCAUGGUGAAGCCGAGCCUGAGGAUAUUCAGGCUCCGGGUGCGGAUGAACGCGGUCAUGAUCCCGAGAUGAUUGAAAGCCGCCGAGGAUGA